UUCAUACCACAGAAUCGUGUUUGGAGCCGCUUAUAGAGUAUCCGUCGUCUCUUUUGGCAUGUUGUCUUAUGUCCGGAAAAUUUAUUCCAUUUAGAUUGUCGUCGUACCGUGAAUUGUUGAAAUUUUUAAUUGUUGUAACAUCAUAAUAAAUUAUUGAGUGAAGAACUUUUUUUUUAUCUUGCUUAUUAAUUUAAAUUAUUAAUUAGUGUGGAUUAGAACAAAAAAUAUACACCCAAGGAUAUACGUAAAAGUAAAGGAUACAUCACACAUCUUCGUUAAGGAUUAUCAAACCCUAUAAAAUGUGUUAAAUAAUUUUAAACAAUAAGAAAUAAAAUAUCCAAUAAUUGCAUUUUAAUUUAAAUCGUGGUAAAACAUCUAACAUUUAUAAUAAGAGUGCGGAAUAAAAUGGGCAGCUUUAAAACUACGUUACUAGUUUGCUGGCUACUAAUUGGUAUCCUUAGUGCACAUGGCCUUGAUAAAACGGAAGAAAAAUCUAAGGUGGCUCCUAAAGAAGGAAACAUAAAAGUUGAAGUAUCAGAAACUAAGGAUAAACGACAGAUUGGUUCGAGGGAUACUGCUUCAUAUUCGAAUGAAAAACAAGAUGACCCCGAACAACCUCAAGAGACUAUUUAUGGACCAAAACCAAACCAUUUUCUAAUUCGUCCAUUGUCGCCGCAUGAUCAGCAAUUGCGCAACUAUCAACCGACAAGUAGGCCACACGUUCAGCAGUUACAAGCGUUAGGACCGCAACUGGAGCAAAGUCAAGAGAUUCAGCACUUUGCCUAUCUGCAAGAUACAAGUCGCGGUCAUCAAGCCAAGGCUGUUGCAGAGGGUAAAUCACAAACGCUCGUUAAGAAGCCUUCAACUGCGGCUCAGCUACAACAAUAUGCAGCUGAAGAACAAUACGCUCAACAGCAAUUGCAAUCGCAAGCACAAGCACAAGUUAGAUUCACACCUGCCCACGGACAAUUCCGACCAUCUGAAUACAUACCUCAGCCACAGCAGCAAGAACAACAGCAACAGGCGCAAUACCAGUCACUUCAGGAGGAACACUUGUUGAAGUUGAUCGAGGAGGAGCUUCAAGCCAGAGCAUUGCAAGAAGCUCAAGCCCGAGCUUCGUAUUCUCAAGCAGGGCCACAAGGAAGACCAGCGGAGCGACAAGGUCUUGUUAAUUAUCGUUCUAAGCCUGAAGAAACUCCCGAUUACUCAGGAUAUAGCCAGGCUCCACGAGCUGGCCCUAAUCAAGGACCACAAUACUUUCCACAUCAACAACAGCAAAUCAGAGCUCAUGCCCAACAGCAAACUCCAAGUCAAGUGAACUUUUACCACGGGCCUUCGGCAAUCAGCUACAGAACACUUCCCAACCAUCCAUUGGCGGAGUCAUCUCUAGAGAAAGAAAUCGAAAAGCUGCUUGAGUCUAAUAGACCAUCCGGAUACCGUCACUCCAGUCCACCAGCUCUCCUCGCGAGUCGCUCCCCUUUCUUGCAGCCAAAGUCAUAUUCAACAACAGCUUCACCACCUACAACAGUGGGUCAGGCUAGUCAAUACUACUCUCCAUCGGUCGUCCAGUAUAGUGGAUUCCAACCGUCGCCGACUGCUCCAACUGUAAGUCAUGAUCAUCAACAGCACAAAAAAUAUGUCCCAACAGCCUUUUCUACAUCUCAACCCCAAUAUGCCAUUGAAUCAUCCCCUCAACCUUCAAAACCAAGCAAAUCAUCUACGUCCAAUGGACAAUAUCGAGUUAAGCUUCACAGUCACAAGUCUAAGCCUCAGGGAAAACAAAACCUGGGUCCAGUUCAGUUUUAUUAUGGAGAAUCCAGUCAACAACAACAACAGCAGCAACAACAGCAGCAACACCAACAACAACAGCAACAAGCCCAGGCUCAAGAUUAUCAACAAUACGUGGUCCCGUCAUCGGCGGCUCCGUCACAGUCGAGCAUCUAUGUGUCACAAAGCACCGGAUUGCAGCCAUCCCAAAAAGUAAAGACACAAAGCAACACAAAACAAUUAGAACUGCCGCCUCCAGAUGGUAAGCCAAUCACUCAGGCUGAGUUCCAGGCUCUUAUCGACGCCGGAUACCCAGUGCAAGCUGUUCCCGUACCAGUCCCAGUUCCAUAUGAGCAAUACAUCAAGGACCAUCCUGAAUAUACAGGCGAACAAAUUGACAUCCCUCAUCGUCAUUCACAACGUGGUGCUCCAAGUGGUGGUGAAGGAGGAGCCGUGACAUAUUUGAGGCCCAUAUCCAGCGAAAGACAACAUCAACAGCAGUCACGUCAUCCGCGAGAACAGAAGGAAGAAAUAACUCCCGGAAAGAACGAGUCUUCAUAAUAUUACCGACAAGUGGUGCACAUGCACUUUGUUCCUUGUGCUGUACUUAGUUUACCAGUUUAAAUUUAAAUUGUUAUUUAUAUUAUUCAUAUUACCAUUUAUAUAUAAAAUACCUAUGACCGACGUAUGUAUAGUUUGUAGGUACAUUACAUCGAAUUUUGAAGAGUAAUUUUGUGCACAUUGGUGUUAAAAAAUAUCCUUUAGGAGAUAAGCCUUAUUGAGACACCAAUUUUUACGAUUUAUUCUAAGAAGUGGAGAGCAAAAAUUUGUAUUAGCUGAAAAUUUAACUAAAAUAAAUUUUUAAAAAUA